AUGUCGUCGACCGCGCUGAUCCACGACGACGAGGCCUUUGAGCCCACGCUGCAAUCAAUCCUCGACCAGAAAACCCUGCGAUGGAUCUUUGUCGGAGGUAAAGGAGGUGUCGGUAAGACAACGACCUCUUGCUCGCUCGCCAUCCAGCUCGCCAAGGCCCGCAAAUCCGUGCUGCUCAUCUCGACAGACCCCGCACACAACCUCAGCGACGCCUUUGGCCAAAAGUUCGGCAAGGAAGCCCGGCUCGUCGAUGGAUUCAGAAACCUGAGCGCGAUGGAAAUUGAUCCGAAUGGGAGCAUUCAGGACUUGCUUGCCACGGGGGGUGAAGGUCAGGAAGACCCGUUGGCUGGGUUGGGCAUGGGCGGCAUGAUGCAGGAUCUGGCUUUUAGCAUUCCCGGUGUCGACGAAGCAAUGUCGUUCGCCGAGGUCCUGAAACAAGUCAAAUCCUUGUCCUACGAAGUCAUCGUAUUCGACACUGCCCCAACCGGCCACACCCUUCGCUUCCUCCAAUUCCCCACCGUGCUCGAAAAGGCCCUUGGCAAACUAUCCCAACUUUCCAGCCAGUUUGGUCCCAUGCUAAACUCCGUCCUCGGCUCGCGCGGCGGACUCCCCGGCGGGCAGAACCUGGACGAACUGAUGCAAAAGAUGGAGUCGCUGCGCGAGACCAUUGGCGAGGUCAACACGCAGUUCAAAAACGCCGACAUGACCACGUUUGUCUGCGUGUGUAUUGCAGAGUUCCUGUCGCUGUACGAGACGGAGCGUAUGAUUCAGGAGCUGACCAGUUACUCGAUCGAUACCCACUCGAUUGUCGUUAAUCAGCUGCUGUUCCCCAAGAACGACAACCCGUGCGAGCAGUGCAACGCGCGGAGAAAGAUGCAGAAGAAAUAUCUCGAGCAGAUUGAGGAGCUAUAUGAAGACUUCAACGUUGUUAGAAUGCCUCUUCUUGUGGAAGAGGUGCGAGGGAAAGAAAAGCUCGAAAAGUUCAGCGAAAUGUUGGUGACGCCGUAUGUGCCGCCACAGUAG